AAGUUGGAGUCUUUUCUCAUCCCUCCAAGAAAAGUCGUCUUCUGCUCUUGAGAGACUCCGUCCUCCCGCUUUCCUAUCCUCUUCGCGUUCUCAGCCCACUUUCUCCGACGCGAUCGUCGCCAGCAGAGCGCAUACUUCCCUCUUUUGACUUCCACCUGCCUCUACGGUUUCUUACUUUGUCGUUGGCUCUUGGUAUCGUACGCCUAUUUGAUUUCCAAGUGCUAGGUUCCAUUGUUGAGUCUGCAAUACUGCUUUUGUUGAUAACCCUGUCAUCUUCAAACAGAAACUAAUUCUACGUCAAGAUGAGCACUAGGAGGACUCCCCUGUCGGGCAAUAAGCAACAUCAUGCCAAACCUGGACCUUCUCGCAACAACCCUUUCGAGUCUGUUUCUGACUCAGAACUUGAUCUAAACAUCAAUUCUGCUAAAACUUCGUCGGCGCCUAUGGUCAGCAAGGCAAAACUGAAAAGCAAUCAGUUUGGUGAAAAUGUUAAUGAAGAAAUUGGGUGGGAAUCAUCGGCAGCUUGGGGAUACUCAGCUGCGAAAAACAGUUACAAGAAUGACUUCCGUGAUUCAGGGGGCAUUGAGAACCAAUCUGUUCAGGAACUGGAAAAUUAUGCUGUGUACAAGGCUGAGGAGACUACAAAUAAACUAAAUGGUUGUCUAAGAAUUGCUGAAGAAAUUAGAGAAGGUGCUACAAAGACUCUUGUCACCUUGCAUCAACAAGGUGAGCAGAUUACUAGGACUCAUCAAACUGCUGCAGACAUUGAGCACGAUCUUAGCAGGGGUGAAAAGCUUUUGGGAAAUCUUGGAGGCUUGUUUUCUAAGAAAUGGAAGCCAAAGAAAACACGAGAAAUAAAAGGACCACUUCUAACAAGAGAUGAUUCUUUUAUAAAAAGGAGUAGCCACCUGGAACAGAGACAAAGAUUGGGAUUAUCAGCUCCCCGUCCCCGAUCAGAACCUCGACACUUUUCUUCUUCUGAACCUACAUCUACACUUGAGAAAGUUGAGACUGAGAAGGCAAAGCAAGAUGAUGCUCUUUCUGAUUUAAGCAACUUGCUAGGCGAAUUGAAGAAUAUGGCUAUUGACAUGGGUUCUGAGAUUGAGAGGCAAACUACGGCUUUGGAUCAUAUGGAGGAUGAUGUGGAAGAGGUAAAUUUCAGAGUCAAAGGUGCAAACCUUCGAGGACGCCGACUGCUUCGAAAGUAGAUCUCAUUUUUAUGGCUGCAUCGACACCCUAAUUAGGGCAAACUUUGUGCUUUACUGGAACAAAAUUGCCAUUGGUAUGUAUACUUGAAUGUCUCACUUGUGCCAGCAAGGAUCUUAUUGUCAACAUAUACUUCUUAAUCUUGUAUUAUAGGGCAAGUCUUUAUCUCCAUAUGAGCUACAUCUUCCAUUGACAGAUUUGAAAUGUAUUUACGUGUGGGAUGGUUAUUUAGAGAUCA